AGAUCGCGGCAGUCAGUCAGUCUCCGGUCCCGUGUAUCACCGUCGUGGUCCGCGCGCGCAACGAGGAACGAACAGAGAACGACCGUUCGCUGCAGCAGUGCAUGUGCGUGCGUGCGUACAACAGUGUGUUCCGAGCGUGUGCAUCGCGAUUUAUACCGCCGCCGCAGUGUUCGUAAUAUUAUUACGUGCGAUUAUAUAUUAUAAUAUAUUCAUAAUACUCAUAGUCGUAACUACCGCGGCCACCCCGUACGCGGGGGAAUGUACGCCUGGCGUCCGGCCAACUGCGCGUAAAAAUACGUAAAAUUUAUAAAAGACGAGUACGACAACGUUACAUAUUAUUAUUAUCGGUUAAAUGGCCUGCGCUUUUCGGGUGUAUCGCUGAAUUCGCGAGUACUUACCCGUAUAAUAUUUCGUAUAAUAAUUCGUCGUGUCCGACAGAUUGAGACAUUAUCGUGUUCACUUAUAAAAAUCACAUCGCGAUGGCGUGCCGCAAAAACGUCCGCGUAGCCUUCGCCGUCGUCGUCGCGUGUUUCGCGAUCGUUUCGCGGGCUACGGUCUCCGACGCGUCCGAUCAACCGGACCCGGCCGACCCGUGCUAUGACGGCGACCGGGCCCGCCGGUGCGUGCCCGACUUCGUCAACGCCGCUUACGGCGGUCACGUGGAGGCGACCAGCACGUGCGGCGUCAACGGUCCCGAGCGGUACUGCGAGCUGGGACCCACGUCCCAGGGCGUGUGUCACACGUGCGACGAUUCGCAGCCCAAGCGCCGUCACCCGGCCGCCCAUCUGACCGACCCGAACAACCCGUACAACGCCACGUGCUGGCGGUCCGAGACUCUGUCCGCGCAACCGGUGGACCCGGCGUCCGCCCUACCGCCGCCCGACAACGUGACGCUCACGCUGUCCCUGGGCAAAAAGUACGAGCUCACGUACAUCAACCUGCAGUUCUGUCCCAAGGCCGCCAAACCGGACUCGAUAGCCGUGUACAAGAGCAUGGACUACGGCAAGACGUGGCAACCGUUCCAGUUCUACUCGGGACAGUGCCGCAAGGUGUACGGCCGUCCCAACCGGGCCGUCAUCACCAAGGCCAACGAACAGGAAGCCCUGUGCACCGACUCGCACCGGUUCAACGGGGCCGGGUCGUCGGCGUCCCGGGUCGCGUUCAGCACGCUCGAGGGCCGGCCCAGCGCCAUCGACUUCGACAACAGCCCCGUGCUCCAAGACUGGGUGACGGCCACCGACGUGAAAAUCAUAUUCAACCGGUUGCACUUCCCGUCCGCGCCUCCGGAAUCGUCGGCCGGAAGCAGCAGCACUACCACCACCACCACUAGCACUACCACCAGCACGACCGGCAGCAUCUUGGGCGACGGUAUGGACCCGAAAUCGGAUUCGGACGAACCGCUGAAAGGCAACAAGACGGGCGCCGAUUUGCUCAUGUUGAACCCGGACCAGGAGUUGCAGGGACACGAACCCGAGAAGACCACGGUGGUCGUGCCGGUGACGACCGCGUCGCCGUCCGCCGGCCGCACGUACCACUAUGCGGUGUCCGACUUGUCCGUGGGCGGCCGGUGCAAGUGCAACGGACACGCGUCCAAGUGCAUACCGUCAGGUCCCGGGGGCACGCUGGUAUGCGACUGCAAGCACAACACCGCCGGACGAGAUUGCGAAAGGUGCAAGCCGUUCCAUUUCGACAGGCCCUGGGCCAGGGCCACUGUUCGCGAUCCCAACGAAUGCAAACCUUGUAACUGCAACGAACAUGCAAAACGAUGUCGGUUCGACGUGGAACUGUACAAACUGUCGGGUCGGGUAAGCGGUGGCGUGUGCCUCAAGUGUAGACACUUCACGGCCGGCAGAUACUGUCAUUACUGCAAGGAGGGAUACUACAGAGAUCCUACUAAACCCAUGACACAUCGAAAGGCUUGUAAAGCAUGUAACUGUCAUCCAGUUGGUGCAUCCGGUAAAACAUGCAACCACACUACUGGCCAAUGUCCAUGCAAAGACGGUGUGACUGGAAUAACAUGCGACAGAUGCGCUAAAGGAUACCAACAAAGUAGAUCGCAGAUCGCACCAUGCAUAAAAUUGCCGUCUAAGAUUUUCGUGAAUCAGAUGUCGUCGGACGCUCGGGCAGCUGGAAAUGAAGGAGGUGACGAAGGAGAUUAUGAUGAAGAUGACGAGGAUAACCGCCACGAUCAAUGCGGCAAGUGUCGAUCCGGAACCAAGAGACUGAAUUUGAACAAGUACUGCCAUAGAGAUUACGCGAUAUUGGGCAAAAUUUCGGAGCCGAUAGUGACCAAAAACUGGGCCAAGUUCACGAUGAACGUACAGUCGGUGUACAAACGCAACUCGGGGUCGAGACUUCGCAGGGGACCGACCACGAUGUGGAUGCAUGAAAGCGACCUGAAGUGCAAGUGUCCCAAGAUCAAACCCGGAAGGCUUUACCUGAUUCUCGGCCGGGAGAGCGACGGCGAACGACGCGACGGACUGGUAUUCACGCAGAGAUCGAUAGUGAUCGAGUGGCGAGACGAUUGGCACAACCGCAUGCGGCGGUUCCAGAAACGAGCCCAACACUGCGACUAAACAAAAAAAAAAAGGAACAAAAACGUCACAAAAAAUUACAAUAUAUACCCUCAGAGUGAAAUCACUUUUAAGAUACAUGUAUAUAUUAUUAUAUGUAUACAUCACAUACCAGAACCACCAUCAUCCUCCCACCACACAACCGCUACUACCACCGGCCACUGAGCCAACUUUUUUCGUUCCCUCCAGGCUUCCAUAAUAAUAAUAAUAUAUAUACAUACGAUACGAGUCUCCCCUUAUUAUAUGAUUCUUUUCGUCCUUAUUUUAUAAAUAUUAGGUAGGUAGGUAGGUAGGUAUACGUAGGUAGUAGGAUACUCUUCAUCCGUAUAAUAUAUUAUUACUACUAUAUUAUUAUAAUAUAUACACAACCGUUUAUUUAUUAUUUCUAUAUUAUGUAGACGUUAAUCGUUUUAAUUCGUCGACGUGUGGUGUAAUGUCAUGUGUGUGCGUGUAUAUUGUUUGAGUAUUAUAGAAAGUACGCACGGCGUAACCGGUAGACACAAUAAUAUAUAAUAUAUUACACUGUAUGGCCACUUAUCUAUCCUCCGUUCACGACAUUAUGUUAAACGUUAAAUUUAUUCACAAUAUUACCGAUACUAAUAUCAUGAUGUACCUAUACUCGUAUUUUAUAAUAAUUCUUUAAGUCAUUAGGUUAGCGUCGAGUACGUUUUUCGUUUAUUCGUAUAUAUUAUCAAUACAAUAUAAUAAUAUUGAACAUUUUUAUUAUAUACUUACCCAUAUAUAUAUAUCAUGAAUGUUUAAAAAAUAUAUAAAUAAUAAUAAGAAGUAAUCUAAGCGCGUUCGCAUUUAUACAUUUAUACAAGCAUAUUAUAUAGCAAUAAUAAACAAUAAUUCCAUUACAUUAUUAUUAUUAUUAUCAUUAUCAUUAUUACUAUAUACGAUAGUAUUUUAUAAACUAUUUAAUAAUAUUAAUUACCUAUAUUAUCUACAACCAAGUGCGUUCUAGAACGAAUAAACUAUCCUUCUUCCCUUUGUAUACGAUAAAUGUAGGCACGCUGCUAUGGUAUAAUAUCACAUAACUAUAUAAGUAACCAUCACAUUGGAUUAGGAUGAGCGUCAAAUCGUUCACUGCAGCGGCGUCACUUAUUUUGGUCGGCACCAGCCCAUUAAUAUUUAUCAUAUUGCAUAUAAUUCACUGAUAAAUACCUAAAUCAAAAAAUCUUUAGUCAUCUCAUUAGAGUUUUUGGUGUUCAAAUUUAUACAUAGUAUAUAAAAUAUAUAUACAAUACGUGUAUGCCAUAAUAUUAUUGUCAUAAUAUAUUUAUACUACAUUAUAUUCAGUCC